AUGUCCGACUCCAACAAUCCGUCGGGCCGCUCCAACAGCCUGCAACGCAUGUUGGACCUCGAAAAGCAAUAUAUGUUUGGUCGCCUUCACGCACAUUCACAACCGUCCGCGCCCUCAAACGCAACUUCUCAACCCGCCACCCCAGCGGUUAUCAAAAACGCCUCCCCUACUCGCCCGGGCAUACUCACUCGUCGAACACAAGGAAACAUGCAGAGGAAUCGGCCAAAAAGCAAUAUGCCGCCUCGUGAUCCUUCUUUGCCUCCACAACUACCCCCUCUUGCCAUCAAUGCUGGCGCACCCAUCACCAUGAGCGGAUCUGAUUUACUCGCGGGUCACGGUAGAGACUACUCUCCCAGGGAUGAGGAUUCCACCAUUGUCCCUACGCCCAGCGACAAGUAUCCCAAGGUCGUUUCGUUUGAGUUCCCUCCUACCGAGUCGGCACCUGCGCCCUGCCACUCGCCGAGUUGGGAGGCGUAUGAAAGACGAAAGACAGAGAAGAAGACGGAGAGGAGGGAGAGGGAGGAGUCGAGAAAUGGAAAGGCGAAGAAGCUAGUCAAGCAGCCGCCUGCGAGCUCGCCCUAUUCGAUGCAACAUGCCUCUGCGUCUGAUGUCGAUGCGAACCGGGGCCGUCGAAGGGAGCGAGCAGAUAGCUCCACGGCGGUCAAUAACACCAGUAAACCUCCUCGAAAGGCUCGGAGCCGCUCGGGGUCGUUUGUAUCUCUCCUCAGAGCCCCCUUUGACUUUCGCCGUUCAUCGGUAGAUCAUGGCGUAGACUCGAGCUUUAUCGGCGGCAUAAAACUUGAGAUGCAACGAAAUGCCACGGCGCAACAGGCUCUCGAUCACCAAGCCGUGGAAGAUGAAUCGAAUAUUCACCCUGCUCUUCGCAAAGGAAAACAGACUGACAGAUGGUCCGCACCACUAAAGUCGCCACCACCACUACAUAGAGCUGGCGUCGAUGGCGAAAACCAGCGUCGAUACCCGCCCAUCACCAGAAACAAAACCAAAUAUCAUCAUAAGACCAUGUCGCUUGUUUCACCGACAGCACCUGCCGUCCCUGAUCUUAACACGAUCGACAAGUGGCGUGCCAAAGUUGGUCUGAGGACUCUCUCUCGGCCCGGGUCACACAUGGGUUUGGACAAUGAUGCUCAUCUCAACGGGCCUGAUACAGUGGCUGUAGACUUGAAGCAAACGAUUUCCGAGCCAAGAGAUGCACUUCUUUUUGACCCAACGAGGCCAACGAGGCCAACGAGCGCCGCAUCCCCCCAAAAGCCGCUGCAUGUCGUGUUUCCUGCUAGUCCGCCGCCACGAGAGAAGAUGCUAGAGAAGAAGCCGAAAUUGGACCACAGUAAUAAUGUGUCCAUUUCGUCCUGCUCAACGGGCGAUACUUUUGACACGGCCCCGUCCUCGCCUCCCCCCGAACCACCCAGGCGAAGUUCCAAGAGAAACUCGACGUUGAGUCUGGACGGAUCAAUACCGCCUUUGCCGUCUCCCAAGCACAGCAGCAGCCCGCAGCCGUCUCCUGUCCAAGACGCUCCACCUCGGCGAUCCUUUCCACUAUGCGGAGAUGGAGGAUUCCAGUUCAAGGACACGGCUAAGGGUAAGGCCAUCGAAGCCCCCGUGUCCAUUAGCCAGGCGGCCACGUAUAUACCCUCACCCGGCUUCCAGCUCCCAGGCAGUUCGUCCGAGGACUCUGGCUCCGAAGACUUUCACUCCACUUCCAUCGUCAGCACGCCGGCUACUUCACGACCGCAGUCUGAAAAGAGCAUGGCUCUGGAGCCUAGCAAACCCGAACCCCUGGAGCUGCAACGCGGCAAAGAAAAAUCACUACCCGCACCACCAACCACCACAUAUCCUCUCCAUAGCACGGAUAAUUCAGAAGACGAAAUGGAUCACAUCCAAGCAGUCGCCGAAAAAGUGCUCAACGUAUACAAUGACAUCGCCGUCCAACCUCCCGGUCUCUGUCGACGAUCAAACUCCCAAUCUACACUCACCACGGACGCAAGCAUGCCCCAGCCACUACAGGAAAAGCCCCUCAGGCUUCGGUCAAAGUACAACCAGCCCGGUUCGUCGUCUCAAAAUCCCGCUUCCCCGGCAACAUACCUCGAGGAAGCGCGCCGGCAGCCACCAACGGCCCCCACGCAGCGCGCGCACAAGCAACGCCUCGGACCACCAGUGUCCUUUGUCCUCCCAGACUCCGACUCCGACUCGCCCGUAACCGAAAAGAGCCUGCCCUCUGUCCCCGACAUUGUCGGCCGCUCUCUGCGCCAUAAAUCCACCCCCUUGCUGAGCACGUCCGACAGGGAGCCCGUCGCCAAGGUGUUUGUCGAGUGCUGCAACUGCAAGUACUACCACGACAUGCCGAGUAAUUUGUACGAGGCCAUGGCUAACCCGGAGAGUGUUCUGAGUCCCGUCGACAAGUACGGAUAUGCCGGCGCCUUGUCGACGGCAGUCAAGUGUUCAUGGUGCAGGCAUGAGAUGAGCACGAGGUGCUGCGCCGGGCUGGCGGCAACGGUGUACAUUAAGGAGCGGUUACAUUAG